GUAAAUAACGCUGGCAGCUGAGACUGGCAAUGAAAAAGAAGAAAAAAUAUCUAUGAAAGAACAAAAAAGAACUCUACAGUUUUCUGUUCAUUUUAAACGUACGAAAUAAAUUUCGAUAAUGCAGUCGAAACACAUUUUUAUGAAUUAUUUAUUAUUUAUAUUGAUUUUAUUUGGAUUUUUAACACUAUCUAACUGUGCGGGGCAAAAUGUAAAGAAAAGAGAAAGACUAAGUGUGGAUGAGAAUAGAGAUGAAAAUGGCGACAAUAACGACGAAUCUAAAGAUGAGUCCUUAGAUAUACCUGUUGAAAACGAGCCCGCUAAUGUAUCAUGUACAAGAAGACAAAACAGCCAGCUGCAUGAAAUACGCACAGCAAGAUACAAACAAUUUCCGUUCAUGGCUGCCAUUAUGUCUCAUCAAAACGAAUAUCUGUGUUCAGGUACAGUCGUUUCCAACGGAUUAAUACUUACUACAGCGCAAUGUACACAAAAACCUAUAAGUUACGUCCUUAUUAACGCUACUAAAGCUAGAAAAGAUGACACUACCGUUUCAUUGCAUAUAAUAAAAACCGAGAAAUUUCCGAGCUUCACUGGCGGAGAUACAUUGAAAGAUGUUGCCCUUAUACAUACGGAAAAACACAACAAUACAGUUGCUUCGAAAAUAAGACUCAGUAACUUUACAAAUGUAAAGAAUGUUAUCGAUUGUGAAGCACUAGGAUUUGGAUUAAAUUCGGAGGUUGGUCAAACGAAAGAUUUGCAAUACGUAGGUCUUGAUAAUCGAUCAGCAUUUGAAUUUGGAGACCUUAUUAGAGGAUAUUUUGAUUGUGUUGACACAAAAGUCCCAACUUGCUUCAGAGACACUGGUGGUCCCGUUAUAUAUGACAAUGAACUUAUGGGAAUAGUUAUCAAAGGCCAAGAUGAAUGUACUAAAGAAAUUACUUCGACAUAUGCUGUUAACAAAAAAAUGGCAGAUAUUAUACCCACUUACACAUUUAAAGCAUGGUUGGAUGAUAAAAUAAAGAAGAACGAAGAAAUGGAAUUAGUAUCGUUGGCUACAUAUCCAUCGAAGCCUGUUGCUAAGGUAGCUGUGCAAAAAAUAACAAAAGCUGCAGGUUAUACUACAUCCAAAAACAUUAUAAUUAUAGUGGUAUGCUCAGUUUCAAAUAUUUAUUUUUGAAGAACCUAUUCGAAA